AUAUAAGAUGGAUAAGUUUGACUGAGCUGUGGAAAAUUCCACCUUGUUAGUUGUUGAGUCCGAUCGGAAUUUCCACUGGAAAAAAUGGCCGAGAAUUCGUGCGCCGGCGGCUCCAACGACGAAGGCGGUUCCAGGGCGGAGCAAGACCAGCAGCUUCUACUGCCUAUAGCCAACGUGGGGCGGAUCAUGAAGCAGAGGCUACCGCACAACGCCAAAAUCUCGAAAGAAGCGAAGGAGACAAUGCAGGAAUGCGCGUCGGAGUUCAUCGGCUUCGUCACCGGAGAAGCCUCCGACAAGUGCCGCCGCGAGCGCCGCAAAACGGUUAACGGCGACGACAUCUGCUGGGCCCUGGGGACGCUGGGCUUCGACGACUACGUGGGCCCCCUCAAGAGGUAUCUCCAUAUAUUUAGAGAGCAAGAAGGGGAUCAAAGAUCGGUGCUUAAUAAUAAUAAUAAUGAAGAUUCGGUUAUGGAAGAAGAUCAUCUUCACGCGCCUCUUCACUCUCCUUCUUCCUCUCCCGGUCAACCGUCGACGAAUCCGGUGGCUCGCGGUGAAGCUCCGCCCCCUUUUCCGGCGCCGCCGCACUUCUUCAACUCCACAUCAUAGGGUGGAGAUUCUCAAGGAUGAUUCUGUUCCCACGAAGAAGAAGAUUCCAAAUUUAGGGUUAUUGUUUUUUAUAACAUUACAUUUUUAAUUUCCUAAUUUCCUUUUAUUUUUCUUCACUUCCCUUUCUUCAAUUUUUUUUUUUCCAAAUGAUUGAUGAUCAUAUUAUGUUCAUAUAGGUUACUAAUUAACUGAUUUCUAUGGUUGAU